GCAGCAAGAAACUCCCCCACCUCAGAAUAAGCCUAUAGUGUCACAGGAGCUGUCUGUUGGUAGUAGCCGCUCCUGGGCAAGCAACAAGCAGACACAGCCAGAUGGAUCUUCACGAGUGAGUAGCCAUUUUCACCAAGAGUUUCCCAGCCUGCAGGCAGCUGGCGAGGCUGAGAAAGGGGAUGGGCAAGAUGAAGAGCUUUAUGGACCAGGCCCUAGUCUCCGACCCCAAAAUGUUGGUAGUUGGCGUGAGGGUGGAGGCAGAAAUUUAAACACCCCAUCCAGCCCUACUGAGAUGGACAGCAGGGCUCAAGCGGAAGGAGGAGCAAGUCAGGGUACUUCUACCUUGUCAGCAGAACCCGAUGAUUCUACUCAUAUUGUAACCACUGACAGCCAAAGAGAGAAGGGGGAAAGAGAGAAAUUGCCCCCCUCUGCCCCUGCCCAACCUAAACUUAACGGGGGAGAAAAACUUCCUGCAGGGGUACCAACUCACUUCGACCCCGCUUUCAGAAGCAUGAUGCCACCUUAUGUAAGUUGGUUUGAUGUUUUAGAAUAAAAAUUGUGGUACAGUGUUCCCUCA